AUGUCUACUACUUCUCAGUUGAUUGCUAAGUAUCUAGAUAUUUAUAAAAAGGCUACUGAACAUCAACUUACAAAAGAUCUUUGUCAAGGUAUUUUAUCUGAUAAAAGACUUUUUGUAUAUUUUACACAGGAUUUAAAUUUCUUCGAGGUUGGUCUAAGGUUGAUUUGUAAAAUUACUUCAUUGGCUCCCGAUACCUAUCCAUUAAUAACGUUAGCCAGAAAGAUUGGGUUUUUCGCUAAUGAUGAAAACACUUAUUUCCAAAACUGUUUAGUUUUAUUGAAAGAAAACUUAUCUGAUGAAGACAUCAUUAAAUACGGUGAUAAAACAGGAUCUUUACCUGGUGUUAAACCAUAUGUUGAUUUUUUAAAAGAAAUGAUAGACUCAACUAAGUUUACUUAUGCUCAAUUGAUUACAUACCUAUGGGUCUGUGAAGCUAUAUACUUGAAAUGGGCUCAUGACUUGCCAAGAAAUGAAAAUUUACAUUGGAAAUAUCAAACUUGGAUAGAUCUACAUGAUGGCGCUCAUUUUAUUGAAUGGGUUGAUUUUUUAAGAAAAGAAGUUGAUAAAUUUUCAAUGGCUGAAGUUGAGAAUAUGUUUGUGAAAAUAGUUAAGUAUGAAUACGACUUUUUUGAAUCAUGUUAUAAUGUAUAG